AUGGAUUUUAAGAGGGACUAGAAGUGAACUAUGGAAUUAGGAACACGUAUUUUUGAGAAGUGGUGAGGAAAUUAACUUUCAACUUGUUUGUUAAGUAGCUAGCUUGUUAGCCACCAAAUGCGCUAGUUCCUUAGCCCAGUGCUAGCCAGUGGGGAACGCCUAGUAUCAUAAGUAAUCAUAAGCCAGAUAUUAAGUGGCAAUAGAUUGUCGUACCACUUAAACUCGGGUUGUUUUCCUUAAAGCAGUUAUGAGUUGUCUGAACUUCCCCGUUGCUGUUAAUCUGUGGAGGACUGAAAUUGAAGUCAAAGUGCUGCAGCCCCAGUGGUCGUAGGCAGGAUGCAGACCAUAAAGUGUGUGGUGGUGGGUGACGGGGCAGUGGGUAAAACCUGCCUACUUAUUUCUUACACCACGAAUGCCUUCCCUGAAGAGUACAUUCCCACAGUAUUUGACAACUACAGUGCCCAGAUGAGCGUGGAUGGACGCACCGUCAGCCUCAACUUGUGGGACACAGCAGGCCAGGAGGAGUAUGACCGCCUGCGUACCCUGUCCUAUCCCCAGACAAAUGUAUUCAUCAUCUGCUUCUCCAUUGGUAGCCCCUCCUCCCACGCCAAUGUUAGGCACAAGUGGCACCCAGAGGUGUCUCACCAUUGCCCCAAUGUGCCCAUCCUGCUGGUGGGCACAAAGAGAGACCUGAGGAGUGACGCAGAAACGGUGAAGAAGCUGAAGGAGCAAGGCCUGGCUCCUACCACUCAGCAGCAGGGCAAUGCUCUGGCAAAGCAGAUUGGAGCCGUUAAAUACAUGGAAUGCUCUGCUCUGCUGCAGGAAGGGGUCAGGGAGGUGUUUGCUGAAGCUGUAAGAGCAGUGUUAUAUCCAGUCACGAAAAAGAACACCAAGAAGUGUGUGCUGUUGUAAUUGAUGCCUCCCCGAUUUGGACUGUAGAGGAGGAUGAUGGAGAUCCACAGAUGAAAAGGCAGGUGGGGGAACGAAGGUCAUCAUCUGGCUGCCUCCAUGCCAUCUCCAGCGGUUUGUUUCCUCUUUCAGCUCCUCUGUUACUCCUCUCCUCCUUAUUCAUCUUCUGGAGGAACUCCAUUGCCAUCAUCACCAAAGUGACUAUGCCAAAAUGGGGGCAACAGACCGGAUCUCCUUUAUUUUUCUUACAUUUUAACUUUUGAUAUUUACAUCUUUUUUCCAAUUUUACAUCCGUUCUAGAUUUAUAGCUUCUCUGCUUUGCCUUAUAAAUGCUGAUCAUGGUUGUCACAAGCCAUAAUAACAUCUAAACCAACCAAGCAAGCUACCCUGUUUGACUGGAGAGAAGAGAUCUGCCUUUAUUUGGGUGGAGAAAUAAUGACUACCUCAUACUCUCACCCUGGUUGCAUCUCAAGAGUCUUAAGCAACUUUACCAUCAAGAUGCUUUGACUUGCCUGUGUAGAUGUAAUAAACAGCGAAGUAGAGGGUGAACAAGUUUUAAUUUCAAGCAGCUUGGGUCCAGACAAGGUGUGAUGACUCCUGGGCAAAUGCCAUUUCCCCCUUACCCAGUAUGCACAGAUUAGAGGUUAAACUCUAGAGCUACAGUUCCCCUUGUGCUCAGUCUGGCAUGUUAGAGCUGGCUGGCAGGCUGCCCUUCCAGCCUGUCGCACCUCUCCCACAAUGCCACGCAUGGAAGAGCCAGUAGGUCUUUGAAGAUAAGCCGGACCCAUUAAAAGCAGCCGACCAUGUGCCCUUUUCAGUAAUAGUGGAGCAGGUGUCAUUAGGCCUGUGCCAAAUUAACCCACACUGGUACUGGAUUUAUGACGCUGAGAUAGUCACAAAGUCAGGUUGUAGUACAGCUCUCCUCUGUCUAUGUCUUACUCUUGAGGCUCAAACUGACUGCCAUUAAAAACAUGCCGAAGAAUUACUUUUUGAACGGGUUGGGGUCAUAGAGACUGUAUUUUGUUUAAUUAUGUUGAAUUUACUCUGUAAAUGAUUUUUUUUUUUCCUCAAAUGUUUUUAACCUACAAGUGUGGUUAAGGCCAAAGUUGAAUAUAUUUUUUGUAAUAGCCUAUGUUUAUUUGAUCAGUAAGAUGUUUGUGUGUUGUAGUUAAUACUCAGAUUUCAUAAACCAGAACUCAAUAACGCGCCCUAUUGUAAUUAUAUUAUUGCCUUACAUUUAAGGUCAACAGACUAUGACCACUGCAUAAUUGAAUCAGUAUCACAUAUAAUACAGUAUGUUUUAACUGGCUUGUGCUAGCGUAUAUACUACUUUCCUAUAUUGUCUCGGUUUGUUGAACAUAAUUUCAUCAUGCAAGAAGCACAGUGUCAGAGCUGCCUUGUUAAUGUUUCUACCAUGUAGCAGCAGUUUUAUCUACAAUAUGGAGAGAACAUUUACUUGGUCUGGUGCCUUAUUUAAACCAAAGACCAGAGCAGUUCUCCUUUGUCAAACCCAAAGGUUCUCAUAGUAAUGCAAGUGCCACGAGACCUUAAAAAUACCGGUCCAACCAGCUAAGGUCUCAGUUUUGUAAUUAUUCAGAAACUUUGUGCCUUAGUUCUUGCCAGUAAACACUCUUGCAGCCUACUUUGUGAGACACAGGUGCUAAACUGACAUCUGGCACAGCAAGUCUGUGUGCAUUUGUGAAACGGAGCGCUCAUGGCCCACAGCUCUUAACAGAUUGUGGUUGACAUCCCUCCUUUGCAUGGUGCAGCGUGGCUAAGGCAUGCGCACAUACAGUGAGCGAACUCUGUGUAGGUGGAACGUGCCUUGUCACAUCCGAGUGUUUUAUAUGCAUUUCAUAAUUGUCUUCUUUUUUUUUUUUUUUUUUAGCAAUGGCUGGUUGCUCAUUUGAGUCUACAGCUGCCAGUAAUUACAGCAAACCUUUUACUAUAGUUAUUUUCAUUUAUUACUUGAGCGGGCUAUAUUGUAAACCUAGAUUGUGGCCUGUGUAAAGUCGAGAGCAACUGAUGUGCAACAUGAGCGAAGGUUUUGUGUAACAGUGAUGUGGUUUGAGAUCUGCCAAAAACGUGUGAACAUUUCUGAAGAUCGGUGUGUGGAGGGUUGAAUGUAAGUACACAAUAUGUCAAACUGUCAACUGUGGUGAGCUUGUAUUUUUUUUGCCAUGUCCUGAUUUCACUCAGAUAAUGCUGUUGAAGUGGAACAUACACCUGUGGGCUGUCUUUGUCUGUGUCCCGGAGCUGUAUGCUACCGUGUGCGUGGUACUACGCUUUUACACUGGGAACUUGAUUUGUAGAAAUCUGUUUGUAAUUGUUUUAUAUAUAACAAAAACAUAUUUGUAUAAAUGAACUAACAGUGAGAUGAUUUUAAAUUAUGCCAAAUAAAAUGGUGGUUAAACCAAG